AAGCGUUUGAAUUAGUCCAUUACUAACACUCGCCGUAAAAACAUCGCCCAUCAGCAGCGUGGCAAGGUGUCUCGUGCCGUGGGUCAAUUUCCGCGCUGGGGUUUGACCUUCAACCUCAAGUCUUCGUCGCGUCCUUGUCCUUGUCGUCUGGAUCGAUUUCGGUUUUAAUAGCCCAUCGAGAACUGUUGCACUCCACAAGUGUUUCAGGGGGGAAUUUUGGACACAUUUCGAGAAGUGGCAGGUCAGUGAUUCAGCACAAAUUCGGUCUUAUCAGGCCAAUAUUUACGCCUCGGUUGGUAAAGUGCGGUUCACCGUAAACUGUUGGCCGCUUCCUCAUGAAUGAUUUCAAACAAGAGAAGAGAGGAAGCAUUCGGUCACUGGUCGGUCGGUUUGUUUGCUUGCGUGGGUGUGAAAUUGAUAGUCAGUGCGCGGUAAGCCGGCGUCAUCCGGAAACAUCUGUUUGGUGAGUCAAAGCGGCGAGGCACGCGAUGACUAGCAGCUGGGAUAAAUUUCAGCUACUGCUGUGGAAGAACUGGACCAUCCAGAAGCGGCACUACAUCCAAACUAUCUUCGAGAUAUUGAUUCCGGUGCUAUGCUGUUCGAUGCUCAUUCUUGUACGAGGACUGGUCGAUCCGGAGAUAAUUGACCACCCGACAGUGUUCAGCCCACUGCAAGCCAAUUACUUAGUCAUCCCUGAAAUUACUACGCCUCCGGUUAUUCCCAAGAUUGCGUAUUCACCGAAAAAUGAAGUCUUGGAAGCCUUAUUGCAAGAUGCCAUAGACAAUCAUUUGCGGACUCAUAACAAAUUGGCUAUUGAAGGCUACCCUAGCUCUCGUGACCUGGAAGGCCUUCUUAUUCAACAGAACUACUUUGUUGGAGUGGAGUUCGAUGAUUCUCUAGCGACCGUAACUUCCCUUCCGAAGAAAGUCCACUUUUCGCUGCGUUUCCCAGCGGAGACACGGCAGUGGAGGUGGUUGUUCGGAAACUGGAGAACCAAUCUGCUAGUGGUACCGUUCUCUCCCGGAAUCCGUAACGGAAACCUCACCGAUGGCGGCAGCCCCAACUACUACGCCGAGGGGUUCAUCCCCCUUCAGGUGGCCAUAUCAGCCGCAAUCGUGGCGGCGCAUGAUCCCGAAAUCAUCACGCAGGAUGUGCAGUUGAGGCGCAUCCCCUAUCCGCCAUUCUACAAGGACGAACUGCUCCCGGCCAUGGAGCAGCUCCUCCCACUAAUCAUCCUUAUUGCGUUCUUCUACACCUGCAUCAACACGGUCAAGUACAUCACCAUCGAGAAGGAACGACAGCUCAAGGAAGCCAUGAAGAUCAUGGGCCUGUCCAACUGGCUGCACUGGACGGCUUGGUUCGUACGGUGUUUGCUGUUGCUGCUGAUCACCAUUUCGCUCGUGACGCUUCUCAUGACCGUGAGCCUCACGACCAACACGGAUCAAGCGGUUCUGCAGUACACCGAUUGGUCCGCCUUGUGGGUGUUUCUGCUGGCGUUUGCCAUCGCCACCAUCUGCUUCUGCUUCAUGAUGAGUGUGUUCUUCAACAAAGCAAACACCGCCGCGGGCAUAGCCGGCCUGAUGUGGUUCCUCCUGAUGAUGCCGUACAACAUCACGGUGCGAAACUACGACGACAUGGACACGGGAUCAAAGGUUGGACUGUGUCUGCUCUCGAACACUGCCAUGUCCUACGGAGUGCUAAACAUCGUCCGCUUCGAGGGCAACCAAGCUGGACUGCAGUGGUCCAAUAUGUUCACCCCGUCGACCAUGAACGAUGGCCUGAGCGUUGGAGUGAUCAUCAUCAUGCUGCUGGUCGAUGCUCUGAUCUAUCUGGGCAUUGCGCUGUACUCUGAGCAGGUCAUGCCCGGGGAGUUUGGCGUCGCCAAACCUUGGUACUUCUUGUUUACCAGCGAGUUUUGGAAGCGCAAUAAAGUUGGUGAUGCGCAUGGAAGUCAGAACGGCCUUGUGAAGCCGAUGCAAUCGAAGUUCAUCGAAGAGGAUCCACCGAUCGAGAAGGCAGGAGUUAAGAUUCGCCACUUGCGUAAGGUUUACGACAAAAAGGUUGCCGUCGAUGGUCUGGAUCUGAACAUGUACGAAGAUCAGAUUACGGUGCUUUUAGGACACAACGGUGCUGGGAAGACAACCACGAUGUCGAUGUUGACGGGAAUGUUCUCUCCAAGUUCGGGGACAGCGCUGAUCAAUGGCCAUGACAUAAGGACGGAUAUUGAAGGAGUUCGCCGAUCAUUGGGGUUGUGCCCGCAGCACAAUGUGCUGUUUAACGAGCUGACAGUGGCUGAACAUGUAAAGUUUUUUGCCAAGCUGAAGGGGGUUAGAGAUGGCGACGUGGCAGCUGAAGUUGAGAAAUACGUAAACUUAUUGGAGUUAACGGACAAAAUGAACGCUCAGUCCCGAACUCUGUCGGGUGGCAUGAAGCGGAAGCUGGCUGUAGGAGUUGCGUUGUGUGGAGGUUCGAAGGUAGUUCUAUUGGAUGAACCCAGCUCAGGAAUGGAUCCCUCGGCGAGAAGGGCUUUGUGGGAAUUACUACAGAAGGAGAAGCUUGGCAGAACCGUUCUGCUGUCAACCCAUUUCAUGGAUGAAGCCGAUGUGCUUGGGGAUAGGAUCGCUAUCAUGGCUGAGGGACAACUCAAAGCCGUUGGGUCACCGUUCUUCUUGAAGAAGACUUUUGGAGCAGGUUACAGAUUGAUUUGCGUUAAAAAAGCGAACUGUGACAAAGAUCGCUUGCUGGAGAUUCUGAAGGGGUAUAUACCUGAGGUUGAGGUUGAAACCGAUAUUGGGUCCGAAUUAACGAUGGUCUUGCGAGAGGAUUACGUUCAGAAAUUCAAACCGAUGUUGGAGGACUUAGAGGACAACAUGGAGUCCUGUGGCAUAUCCAGCUUUGGAAUUUCGUUGACAACAAUGGAAGAAGUAUUUCUCCGGUCCGGGACUGACAGUUUCGAGAAAGAAUCCUUGGAGAACGGAACAGUCAUCCAUACAGCUUCCAGUGAAUAUGCCUUGGACAACCUACAUCUGCUCACGGGAAAACAUCUGCUAUUCAACCAGAUCAAAGCGCAGUUCCUGAAGAAGUCCUUAGUCACGAUCCGCAGCUUGAUAACCCUUUCCAUGCAGAUUCUAAUACCCAUCGUAUUCGUGUUGAUGACCUACAUCAUCAUUUUGAAUUCCUCUGCUAAUCAAGACUUGCCGGCUCUAGAUAUUAAACUAGAGUCCUACACUCACUCGGUGACAGUUGUACAAGAUCAACAGUCCGACGUUUCUAUUAUACAAGCGUACUCUGCCUUGUUCAACAGCCUCAGCCCGAACCACCAGCUUAUCGUAACGAAGGAGGACAUGAACGACUUCAUUCUCAAUAAGUCUCUCGAAACAAUCGCAACCGUCAAUACACGGUAUUGGGUGGGUGCCACCCUGAAUACCACUAGUCCGACCGCUUGGUUCAACAACAAGGCUUUUCACUCGGCCCCGCUAUCCAUCAACCUACUGUUCAACGCACUUCUAAAAUCUACCUGCCAAGAGUGUGAUAUUCAGGUCACCAAUAAACCACUUCCGUUCCAGUUAAUGACUCGCUUCGAUCAGUUGGAAACCGGAGCCAAUUCAGGCUUCCAACUGGCCUUCAAUACAGGUUUCGCUAUGGCCUUCGUGGCUGCCUUAUACAUAAUGUUCUACAUCCGCGAGAGAACCACUCGCUCUAAGUUGCUGCAGUUUGUAAGUGGCGUCAACGUUGCCCUCUUCUGGGCCAUAUCUUUCAUCUGGGACUAUUUGGUGUUCGUCGUGGUGAGUCUGUUCUAUCUGGCUUCGGUAGCGGCUAUUCAGCAAGACGGGUGGUCAAACUUUGAACAGCUUAGUCGAGUUUUUCUGGUAUUGCUGCUGUUUGGGUUUGCAGUUAUUCCGACGACUUAUCUGUUUUCGUACCUGUUUGACGUACCGGCGACCGGAUUCGUCAAAAUGAUGCUCCUGAACAUCUUAUCCGGUUCCGUGCUGUUCACGGCGGUUACUUUGCUGAAGUUCGACGGAAUUGACCUGCAGGAUGUGGCCAAUGUGCUGGAGUGGGUGUUCAUGGUGUUUCCCAACUUUGUGCUUAGCCACAGCUUGAACAAUCUGAACAUGGUGGCAAGUACGGAGGAUUUAUGUGCGAAACAGUGCGCGUUGAUUCCGAUGUGUACGAAAGAGUUGCUGUGUAUGUUGGUGCCACAGUGUUGCGGACAGGAGAUCUUCACAUUUGACGAGGGAGGAAUCAAUAGGAACUUGCUGUUCUUGGUGGGAAUCGGAAUUGUUUCAUUCGGUUUGAUCAUGUUCAUUGAAUUUCGAGUUUUCAAGAGGAUCUUCGAUCGUAAGGUAACAGUAAGUGAUGCUGGAAAUGACUCUGAGUUAGAUUCGGAUGUCCUGGAAGAGAAACGCAGGAUAGCUGCUAUGAGUCAAUCGGAAAUCAACACUUAUAAUCUCGUGUUAAAAGAUCUUUCCAAGUAUUACAAGAAAUUCAGAGCGGUGAACAAUCUAUCCGUGGGAAUACGUCACUCGGAGUGCUUCGGAUUGUUAGGAAUCAACGGAGCUGGAAAGACGUCCACGUUCAAGAUGAUGACGGGAGAUGAGAGCAUCUCAGGUGGCCAAGCUUGGGUAAACGGAAUCAGUCUUCAGACGAAUAUGAAUCGAGUUCAUCAACAGAUCGGCUACUGUCCGCAGUUUGAUGCUUUGCUAGAGGACAUGACCGGUAGAGAGACUCUCAAGAUGUUCGCUUUGCUUCGUGGUGUGAAAAAUGCGGAGCUAAACAGCGUAUCGUUGGCGUUGGCAGAAGAGUUGAACUUCCUGAAGCAUAUCGACAAGAAGACGAGAGCUUACAGCGGAGGUAACAAGCGAAAGUUGAGCACAGCACUGGCCUUGAUCGGGAAUCCAGCGGUAGUUUACCUGGACGAACCUACCACUGGAAUGGAUCCGGGUGCGAAACGACAAUUCUGGAAUGUGAUAUGUAAGAUUAGGGAGGCGGGUAAGGCGAUCGUCUUGACUUCACACAGUAUGGAGGAAUGCGAGGCGCUCUGCACUCGGCUGGUCAUCAUGGUCAACGGAGAGUUCAAGUGUUUAGGAUCAACGCAACAUUUAAAGAACAAAUUCUCUGAAGGGUUUCUGCUGACUGUCAAGGUAAAACGGGAACCGAUGGAGAAUCUACGUGCAAGGGUGGACUGGGUGAAACUUUUCGUAGAUCAAAAAUUCAGUGGAGCAGUAUUAAAGGAAGAGUAUUUGGACUCGCUCAGCUUCCUCAUUCCACGGACGGACCUCCGAUGGUCUGCGAUGUUCGGUCUGAUGGAAUCGGCCCGGAAUGAGCUGGAAAUCGAAGACUAUGCGUUGGGGCAGACCUCGCUGGAACAAGUAUUUCUUUAUUUUACCAAAUACCAACGAGAAGAUCAAUAAACGAACAAAGUCGCAUUUACUCGAACAAACAA